AUGACGUCGCCGGAGGCGGCCGCCGACAGCGACCCCUUGGUGAACUUCCGCGGCCGGCCGCGACAACAGGUCUACCCGGCGCCUGCCGAAAUCGGACUGAGCGGGGUAGACCUGGUGUCCGCCCGGGGAGCCGGGGUAGACCUGGCGUCCGCCGUGGCAGGCGGGAGCCGGGGUAGACCUGGUGUCCGCCCGGGGAGCCGGGGUAGAGCCGAGUUUAGAGAGCGCCCCCACCCCGUCCCCGUCCCGUCGCCCCAACCCCCCACCCCGCCCGCCCCCGGGAGCGUACACAACCCGACCCCCCCCCGCCCCCGCUGCGACUCGCCCCGCCCCGCCCCGCCCCUCUCCGCCCACCCGCCAGUAGAGGCGGCGGCGGGGCGGCCGCCGCCGGCACCACCGCCGGCCGGCACAAGGGCGGCCGCUUUCGGGAGGGUUGGUUCUUUCACGGUGCGCAGAGGUCUUCGGCCCUCGGCCCGAGUCCGGGGGGCCGCGGCGGCUCGGCGCCGAGGCGCCCGGGGCCGGCACGAAGCCGCCGGCCCUCGGCCCUCGCGCGCACACAGGGAGAGACAGACGCGGCGACACGCACGCACCCCCACUCCACACGAUGGCGCCCCGACGCCGCCCCUUCAGGCCCCCCCCCGCCACCGCCGCGCAUACCGACCCACGCGGGGAACCGUCCCCCGCCCGCCACGCCCGGACGCGCGCAUCCUCUGGCGUCCCCUCUUUCCCCGUCCCCGUGCCCCUGCCGCUGCCCCUGCCCCUGCCCCUGCCCUGCCCUCUCUUUCGCGGCCGCCUCCGCCCAUCGACGGUUGGGGGCGCCCCGUCCUUCCCCAUCAGACUCCCAGGCGCCAACUUCAGACCAUUCCCGACCCCGCCCAGGCUGCCAACCGCCAGCUGGCACAGCGGCGGCGGCGGCAGGGCGGGGAGCCGGCCGACACCGAGGCGGUCAGGGCCUUCGGCACGCAGGACGAGAGCCCCUCGCAGAGGCGGGGGGGGCGGGCGGGCGGUGGCGGCGGGAAGCUUAGCGCCGUCCCUUCUCCGAGAAGCUUCCCGUUCGGCUCUCGUCGAGCCUUGCGGUUCGACGGCCCGCCUGCCGUCCCUCCUUCCUUCCUUGCCGCCCGGCCCCCGGCCCCGGCCGAGACGGCGGCGGGGCGAGCGGCCGAAGGGGUCGAGCGAGGCAGAAAUCGAGGCGGGAGCCGGGCCGCCGGCACGGGAGAAGGAGGGCGUGGGAGCGGACAAGCGGGCCCCCCGGAGCGGGCCGACCGCGAGACGCUGGCAGGCCCGGCCCGGGCAACGGGCCCGGGCGUCCCGUGGCGGGCGUUCGGUCUGCCCGGCGCUCGGCGCCCAGGGGCCGAGGCCGGCCCGGGACAACAGGUCUACCCCGUGCGCCGGCCGCCCGGGCCGCCGCCGGCCGCCCGGCCGCCCGGCCGCCCGGCCGCCGCCGCCCAAACGGGCCUCCCCCCUCACCGCGCACCCUCGCGCGCGGUGUCGGGAGACCCGCCGCCGCCGCCCGUGCCCGCGCGGCCAAGCCCCCGCCCCGCGUAUCGGGCCCGGGACCCGCGCGGAGGGAAGUCGAGGCCGCCCGGCCCGGCGGGGCCUCUCUCUUGCGCUGGCGACACGCGGCCCUUGCGGCUCGCUGCCCCCGGCCCCCGGACUCCGCGUAUCGGGCCCGAGACCCGCGCGGAGGAGAGCGCGAAGGCGGACCGCGCGGGCGCGGGCGCCCCGCGCGCCCGCGCCACCGGGGCCCCCCUGUCGGCCCCGGCCCGCCGAGAGAGACCUCGGAGGAGGAGGAGGAAGAGGAAGAGGAGGAAAAUCAUAGGGGGGCCCGCGCGCGCCCCCCCCGCCACGCCGGACGGCGCGGCGGGGCCGGCCCCCCUUUUUGGCGUUCGAGAGAGAGAGACCUAG